CCUGGAUUCGAUCCUUUCACCUCUCUUUUCACUCUAUAUAAGUCCAAGCAGAAAUUCUCCACCUCUGUCCAUAGUGUUCAAACUUUUGCAGACACAAAGAAGAAUAGGACUUUUUGAAGAGAAAAUGGGUUCUUCUCUAGAGCUGAGUUUGAGUCUAAAACCCUCUCAUUGUGGCCCCAAAACGAUAGCUAACUUAUUGAAAGAUGUAUCCAAGAUUGGUAACUUGUCAGAUAGGUUGACGGUGUUGAAUGAUUAUCUUCACAAGCAUCAGGCAGAAUUGUAUAGGAUUCAGGCCUUUAAACAUCAACUUCCUCAGUGCAUACUUCUCCUGAAGGAUGCCGUUGAAAGAUUGAAGGAGGAGGUCAUGAAAAUAAAAAGGAACAUAAGGUUUGGGGCCAGUGAGCCUCUAAUGGAGUUUUCGUCAACGGAGAGAACCUACAAAAACAUGCGGAGGGAUACCUUUGAUAAGUAUUGCAGAGAAGAGAAAAAUGACUUUAUGAGCUCUUCUUCUCAGAUUUAUGAGCUUAAUCAUUGUGACAAGAAGCAGAAACCAAUACUGGACUCUUGUCCUUUCCAGGUACAACCCUUAAGCACCAAAAUUUUGUUGCAACUUUGGAUAUUUAGUGAAAUAAAAGCAAAUUAAAUUGUUUACAAAAUCUUUUUA